AUGCUGACUGGAUUAAAUUAUAAAGUGUUAGAAAAGAUAUUAGUUUAUAUAUGUAAAAACACAUUUGAGUUUGGAAAACCAACAAAACUUAGCAAACCUGAUCAGGUUAUUAUUACCAUAAUCAAGUUAAAGCAAAAUUUAAAUUUUGAUUUGAUUGCAUACCUUUCUAAUGUUAGCAAAACAACCAUAAUUGAAUAUUUUUAUAAAUGGCUUGAUACAAUGUAUUCGAAACUCAACUUUCUCAUAAAAAUGCAAGAUCAAGAUAACAUAUACGAUACAAUUCCUGGUGUUUUUAAAGCAAAAUUUCCACGUUUAACAUCUAUAAUUGAUUGUUUUGAGACGUUUGUUGAAGCACCAUCUUCUCUUUUAGCAAGGGCUCAGUUUUACAGUCAAUACAAAAAGCAUUGCACAAUCAAAGUAUUAAUUUCCUGUACUCCUACAGGUGCUAUAAAUUUUUUGUCAAAGUGUUAUGGAGGUAGAGCUUCUGACUUACAAAUUGCACGUGAAUCUGGAUUUGUAAAUAAACACAUGCCAGGAGACCAAAUCUUAGCAGAUCGUGGAUUCACUCUUCAAGAUGACUUUGCUGCUGGGAGUUCUGCUGAGUUGUUAAUUCCGGCCUUUACACGGGGUAAAAAUCAGCUGUCCGCCAAAGAAGUAGAAACAUCAAGAAAAAUUGCUUCUGUUAGAAUCCAUUUUGAACGCCUAAUAGGAUUGAUGAAAAGCAGGUACACUAUAUUGAAAGGUGUCAUACCAUUGAAAAUUAUAAAAAAUAUUAAAGAUGAGAAUGCAAACUGUAUUUUGGCAAACUGUGACAAAAUAGUUUCUGUGUGUGCUGCUCUGACAAAUUUAGGAGAAAGCAUUAUAAAUAAUGAUAUGUAA